CUAUGGCUGCAUCAUAGAGUAACGCUGCCUAUGUUAUUCUAUGUGCUACAUUAAUUUUUCGUAUCACCGAGGCACGAUGUAGAUUAUCACCGUGCACUGAAGAAACCCGUGAUUCGGGUCGUGAACACUAGAGACCUCUCGUAACAUAAUCUCUGUAAUUGUGACUUUGCGUUUUACUGUGGUUGCGCGCUCAACAAAUAACAAUUAGCAAUAGUCAACGAUUGUGUCGAUUGCAGUAUUGUGUUCUAGUUUUUUAUUAAUUUAUAUAUAAAUACGUAUAAGUCAAUACUUAUUAAUCGAAAUUUCCUAAGUUUCUAUAGAAUUUUGAACGUUCUUUCAUUAUCCGAACAACGUAAUAGUUCUCAAUACUCAAUGGUAAGGAUCUUCAGGAACACGUUUGGCUUUUAACUCUAAUGUUGGUCGGUGUCAAUGCUUCCAGGCACUGAACGGGAAGAUGUAGAACGUGGUGGAAAAAUUAUAAUGCCUCCUUCGGCUUUGGAUACGUUAACUCGAUUAAAUAUCAACUAUCCCAUGUUGUUCAAGCUUUCCAACAAAAAAAAAAACAGAAUAACACACUGUGGAGUUUUAGAAUUUAUUGCAGAUGAAGAUAAAGUAUACAUUCCAUAUUGGAUGAUGAAAAAUCUCUUAUUAGAUGAAGGAGAUAUGGUUCAAGUAGAAAGUGUUUCAUUAGCAGUAGCCACAUUUUCAAAGUUCCAACCACAAAAUUCUGAAUUCCUAGACAUUACUAAUCCAAAAGCGGUUUUAGAAAAUUGCUUACGUAAUUUUGCUUGUCUUACUACUGGCGAUGUCAUAGCCAUUAAGUACAAUCAAAAAAUUUAUGAAAUGUGUGUUUUGGAGACUAAACCGGGUAAUGCUGUUAGUAUCAUUGAAUGUGACAUGAAUGUGGAGUUUGCUGCACCAGUUGAUUAUAAAGAGCCUAAACAUCAAAAAAAGGAAACUUCAGAAGAAAUGAUGGUUGAUCCUGCUGAUUUAAUGCCAGAAUCAACUGGCUUCAUAGCUUUCAAAGGUUCAGGAAAUAGACUAGAUGGCAAAAAGAAAAAAGAUAAUGUUGAUGAUCAAUUAAAUCAUGUAAAAGUAGCUUAUCAAAGAGGUAUACCUGACUAUGACUAUACUAUAGGAACAUUACAGUUCAUAAGAAAUAUACGUCCUCUGAUUAAUGAUAAAGAGAAUGAAAAUCAAGAUGGAUUUAAAGCAUUUGCAGGUUCUGGAUCAGUACUAAAGACCAAAACUAAAAAGAAAUAAAAAUAUUUUUAUAUUUCCAAUCAUGUACAUAUAUGUUAAUUAUGAAAACAAUUAC